AUGGCCAGCAAAGACUUGGGCGAGGUGAUCGGCUUUUUCCUGGCUGUGGCGUUUUGUAUAACGUGCCCGGAAUAUGUAUCAUCAGCACAACGUGAACUUGGCAAAGGAUUGCCAACAAAUACCUCGGCAACGUCACCUCCUGCAGCUGAUAACGUCAUAAGACCAGGUGUAGCGAUAGCUGAUGCUCCCCGGCCAACCCCUCGCACGGGACCCUACUUCGACUUAGCGGCUUCCAAGAAUGUCACAGCCCUGCUUGGAAAGACCGCCUAUUUGAAUUGUCGAGUCAAAAACUUAGGAAAUAAAACUCUCAACAUGCAAGUCUCGUGGGUGCGGCAUCGGGACAUCCAUCUGCUAACUGUUGGUCGGUACACAUACACAAGCGACCAAAGGUUUAGAGCGAUUCACCUUCCUCAUUCAGAAGACUGGACGUUACAAAUAAAGUAUCCACAACACAGAGACUCUGGCAUCUACGAGUGUCAGAUAUCAACGACCCCACAUAUGAGUCAUUUCAUACAUUUAAAUGUUGUUGAGCCAACGACGGAAAUAAUAGGCGGUCCAGACCUAUAUAUCGAUCGGGGCAGUACUAUCAACUUAACAUGCGUGGUGCUCUACUCUCCCGAGCCCCCCGCGUACAUAUUCUGGAACCAUAACGAUGCGAUAAUAAGCUACGAUUCACCUCGAGGCGGUGUGUCAGUGGUGACAGAGAAAGGUGAAACGACCACGUCCUUCCUGCUAAUUCAACAGGCAAGGCCUUCGGAUUCUGGAACUUAUCAAUGCAACCCGAGCAACGCUCAGUCUAAAAGUAUAGUGGUUCACGUACUAAACGAAGCAAAUUCCAUUUUUCCUUUGUCAGGAGAAUAUCCCGCCGCGAUGCAGAGGGGGGGCCAAGCCUUCGCGCCGACCACCACUCAUUGCAUCGUGCUCCUUGCUAGUCUACUCUUAGUUCUAUCU